AUGCAAUAUCCUCCUCGCUUGGGCUUUGGAACGUGGCAGGCGCCUCCAGAGGCCGUGCAGACCGCUGUUGAGACAGCGCUCAUGACUGGGUACAGGCACAUCGACUGCGCCUAUGUCUACCAGAAUGAGGAGGCCAUUGGUCGUGCUUUUGGAAAGAUCUUCAAGGAUGCGUCUUCAGGAAUCAAGCGCGAAGAUGUCUGGAUCACCUCAAAGCUAUGGAACUAUAACCAUCGCCCAGAACUGGUCCGUGAGCAGUGCAAGAAAACCAUGUCUGACUUACAGGUGGAUUACCUAGAUCUCUUCCUUGUCCACUGGCCGCUUGCCUUUGUUCGUAAUGACGUCGGGGAUCUCUUCCCGAAGGAUGCCGAAGGCCGUGCGAUGCUCGAGAAGGUCCCCCUGGCCGACACAUGGAGGGCAAUGGAACAGCUGGUCGAGGAGGGCCUUGUGAAGCACAUCGGGGUCUCGAAUUACACGGUCCCUCUUUUGGCCGAUCUACUAAACUACGCCAAGAUCAAGCCUCUUGUGAAUCAGAUCGAGAUACACCCGUGGCACCCCAACGACGCUACCGUAAAGUUCUGCCUUGACAACGGAAUAGGUGUGACAGCCUACUCUCCCAUGGGUGGAUCAUAUGCAGAUCCCAGGGAUCCCUCUGGCACACAGAAGAACGUGAUCCUUGAGUGCAAGACGCUGAAAGCAAUAGCCGAUGCCAAAGGGACAAGCCCGCACUGUGUGGCGCUCGCUUGGCACGUGAAGAAGUGGAACACCUCGAUGUACAGUGUCAUUCCUAAGAGCCAGACGCCCGCGCGCAUUGAGGCCAACUUCAAGUGCACCGAAGUACAGCUGAGCGAUGAUGACAUGGAUGCAAUCAACAAUAUUCACUUGAACAAGAGAAUCCGCUUUUGCGAUCCCGCUAUCUUUUGGAAGGUACCACUGUUUGACUAG